AUGCAUCGGUUUGCCGAAAUUUGUAGACGUAACUUUUACACGCUCUUUCGUGCCGCAAACUCUCGGUUUGAUAUAAACGACACCUUCAUAGAGCACAAUCAGUGA